CGAAACACCGCAAGCCGAGGAAUGCAAGUGUAAAUCCCGUCAGUGCAGAUGUAAAUAAAGAAAAAAAUGCCGCUAGGAAUGAAGCCGAAGUGCACUAAAUGCGAAAGUACAGACAGUAUUUUAUGGCACAGUACUGAUACCGGUAAUAUCUGUAAUAAUUGUUCCGAAUCUGACCGUUGCGGGAACGCAAUUGACGAUGAUGACAAAGUUAGCAAUAAUUCAUCGAACAAUGCCAAUGCCACUGUAAAAAAUGAGUCGAAUGACGCUAAACUGCAACCCCGAAAGAGUACAAGAGUGACCAGAUACCUUAAAAACAAACCAGUUACACAGUUGAAAGUUUUGCCUAAGGGUAAAGGACGCAGACAUAUUUUCAAAAAGACACCAAUCAAAGCUCCUGCGGCUGUUGCGACGCCAGUCACCAGUGACUACGUCUUUUAUAAAGGUUCUUACAUUCAAGUUGGAGAUAUAGUGUCCAUGCAAGACAUUGAUGGCGGUAUUUACUAUGCCCAGAUACGAGGGCUUCUGACGGAUCAAUAUUGUGAGAAAAGCGCAGCAGUGACGUGGCUGAUACCAACAACUGCUAGCCCUCCGCCACAACACGGAUUUUAUCCCGAGACGUACCUAAUUGGACCUGAGGAGGACUUACCAAGAAAACUGGAGUGCAUGGAAUUCGUGAUGCAUGCACCAUCCGAUUACUACAAAUUGAAAAAUACUCCAUAUCCGCCCCCAUUGACGGAGACCGGGGCCGGUUUCGUAUGGACAUCUUUGAAACACGAAAUCAGUAUCCGCAGAAAAACAAGAAACCUGGUUUGACACCGUUGGGAGCAUCCGGGCAUUUUCAUCUGUUUGGUCAGUGGAAAGAGACGCCGUUAACUGGACAGAGGAAACAACCUCAGCUGAAGGACUGUCUAGUCAAGUAGGCGAAAGCGAUGUAACCGCUGGUCAGAACUUGAGGUCCUUUAUUGCCUGUGGUAGGUCGGGUAGUUUCAUGUCUUUUAACUGCUGCGGUAUAUUCAUAUUUUUAACUGCUGAUACAGCCCGAGCUGGAGCUGCCGUUAUU